UAUCAAGCUACACUACUUAUUUUCCCUCUUUCCUUCACCACCACCAUUCCACCACCACCACCACAACAACAACAGUACAUACACCCUCCCCUCCCAUCACCCCCCAAGGGAACCAACAAAAGAAAAGAUGGGACUAUCUCGCCCCUACCUCCUCCUCUACAACGCCGCCUCCCUCAUCCUCUGGGCAACAUGCACGAUCCGAGGCCUCUCGCAGCUCUUCUUCUCUCCGAAUACCAUCCCCCAAAUAUUCACGAACGUCUACCCCCUCCUCCUAACAACCCAAUCCCUCGCCCUACUGGAGAUCAUCCACAGUCUACUCCGUCUCGUGCGCGCGCCUGUCCUCACCACCGCCAUGCAGGUCGCUAGUCGCAUUCUGCUUGUCUGGGGAAUCAUGUAUCUGUUCCAGGGUGUGAUUGUGGGGGAGAAAUAUGCUGCUGCUGGUGUUGGUGGAAGUCAGGAGGUUGUUGGACUGGGUGAUUAUGCCUUCUUGGGGUGUUUGGGCGCGUGGGGUGUGACGGAGUGUAUUCGCUAUGGAUUCUUUGCCCUGCAGUUGUCGGGGGUUGGGGUGCCGGGGUGGUGGGCUUGGUUGAGGUAUAACACCUUCUAUGUGCUUUAUCCUCUUGGUAUCUCCAGUGAGUGUCUUAUGGUGUACAAGGCGUUGGGGCCUGCCGGGGAGUUGGUGAGUCCGUUGUAUCGGUGGUUUUUGAUUGCGGUGUUGGGGAUUUAUGUUCCUGGGUCGUAUAUUUUGUAUACGCAUAUGAUUAAGCAGAGACGCAAGGCGAUGAGCAAGAAAUAGGUGUGUUGACUGAAUAAAUUGGGGGUGGAGAUACGUGGUGGUGUAAGGUUAGAAGAGGUGGAUCUGUAUGAUGGUGAUAUACUGGUGUAGUGGUAUAGAUGGAUAUAAGCUCGGCACGAUAAUACAUAACAUAUUGUACACUAUAUACUUGGCAGCUACAUCUCCCUCAUGAUAUCACGCACGGC